GUGUGUUUCGGCGCCUGCGCGCAGCGCGUAACCCGGAAGUGCUCCGGUGGGUGCCCUGUCUGCGGUAGCGGUGGGGCCCUGCACGCUGUGAGCCCCUCGGCCGCGCCGCCCCUCCCCGCACCGCCAUGUCCCGAGGCUCCAGCGCCGGCUUCGACCGCCACAUUACCAUCUUCUCGCCCGAGGGACGCCUCUACCAAGUCGAAUAUGCUUUUAAGGCCAUAAACCAAGGUGGACUUACGUCUGUAGCUGUUCGUGGGAAAGAUUCUGCAGUAAUUGUAACACAGAAGAAAGUACCUGACAAGUUACUGGAUUCCAACACAGUGACUCAUUUAUUCAGAAUUACUGAAAAUAUUGGCUGUGUGAUGACAGGAAUGACAGCUGACAGCAGAUCCCAGGUGCAGAGAGCCCGCUAUGAGGCUGCUAACUGGAAGUACAAGUAUGGCUAUGACAUCCCUGUGGAUAUGCUGUGUAAAAGGAUUGCUGAUAUUUCUCAGGUCUAUACGCAAAAUGCUGAAAUGAGGCCCCUUGGUUGCUGUAUGAUUUUGAUUGGUAUCGAUGAAGAACACGGCCCUCAGGUAUACAAGUGUGAUCCGGCAGGUUACUAUUGUGGAUUCAAGGCCACAGCUGCAGGAGUUAAACAGACAGAGUCAACCAGUUUUCUUGAAAAGAAAGUAAAGAAGAAAUUUGACUGGACGUAUGAACAAACAGUAGAGACAGCAAUAACAUGCUUGUCUACUGUACUAUCCAUUGAUUUCAAACCUUCAGAAAUAGAAGUUGGUGUAGUUACAGUGGAAAAUCCUAAAUUCAGGAUCCUUACAGAAGCAGAGAUUGAUGUGCACCUUGUAGCUCUGGCAGAGAGAGACUAAUUAGCAUUCCCAUUUCCAUUGUCUGUGCUUCUGGCCACGAUAUUUGGUGAAAACACUUAUUAAUGGCUUUAGAUUAUGUGUGGAAAACAACGUUCACUAUAUGAUGUAUUUUACUCUGUACUAAUAAAACAGAGGUUUUUGAAAUA